AUGACACGGUCACGAUUGGUAGCAGCUGCGAGGACGGCCAGGCCGCACUUCGCCUCGCCCGCCCGCCAGAGCCGGUCCCUCGCCGGAUUGACGACAUCCACCACGGCCCCGGCUCCGAAGGCGACAAUUGUCCCGGCUCAUCAACCAUCACAGUAUCGCCUCUACUCCUCCUCCUCCCCCUCCUCUCGGAAGAACUGGAAGGAAAAGCUCGCCGCCUUCUCCAAGCAAGAUAAGACGCCGCUGUACGAUUUCCACAUUGCCCACGGCGGCAAGAUGGUCAUCUUUGGUGGCCACCACAUGCCGGUGCAGUACGCUGGCCUAUCCCUCGCCGACUCCCACCACUUCACCCGCACCCAUGCCUCCCUCUUCGAUGUCAGCCACAUGGUUCAACACCGCUUUACAGGCCCACGCGCCGCCGCUUUCUUGGAAACCGUUACCCCAUCCAGCGUCGCCGACAUGGAGGUCAACACGAGCAAGCUCAGCACGUUCUUGUGGCCGGGCACCGGCGGCAUCGUCGACGACACCAUGAUCACGCGCCUCGGUGAAGAAGAGUUCGCUCUCGUCUCCAACGCGGGAACCCGCGAGAAGGUCUUCGAGUACCUCACCGAGCAGACGGCCGAGCUGCAGAAUCCCGAGGGCAAGGAGUUCUGGUGGGAGGUACUCGAGGGCUACGGGCUGAUCGCCCUGCAGGGCCCUCAGAGCGCCGAGAUCCUCCAGGAGGUCGUCGACCCGGCCGACGGCGCGGACCUGACGAGCUUGUACUUUGGUAACACCGCCUUCGCCCGGCUGAGGUACCAGGUCGACGGCCAGUGGAAGUCAACGUCGGACAAGGCCAUGAUCAGCCGCGGAGGUUACACGGGCGAGGACGGCUUCGAGAUCUCGUUCAAGUCGACCGGCGGCGAGGCGGACCCACUGGCGCGGACGCUGAUGAAGGUUGCCGGGCCCGAGAGGCUUCAGCUCGCAGGCCUCGGUGCGAGGGAUAGUCUGCGCCUCGAGGCCGGCAUGUGCCUGUACGGCCAUGAUAUUGAUGAUACGACGACGCCGGUGGAGGGCAGCCUGUCAUGGAUCAUCCCCAAGGAGAGGAGGACCAAGGGCGGCUUCCACGGCGCCGAGGUCAUUAACAAGCAGAUCGUACCCAAGAGCAAGGGUGGCACCGGCAUCGAGAGGCGCCGCGUUGGUUUUGUGGUGAACGGUGCCCCCGCUCGCGAAGGCGCCGAGAUCUUCACCAAGGACGGUGAGAAAGUCGGUGUCAUUACCAGUGGCUCGCCCAGCCCAACAUUGGGCAAGAACAUUGCCAUGGGGUACAUCAAGGAGGGUCUGCACAAGUCGGGCACCGAGUUGGAUGUCGUGGUGCGAGGAAGGAAGAGGGCGGCGACGGUCGCCAAGAUGCCGUUUGUCCCCAGUAAAUACUUCAAGGGACCGAUCCCCGCGCCCGCGUGA